AGAGAACCGCCCGAACAUCCUGGAUUUACAGUAAUGCCACUGUUUCCUCUCUCAUUAGCGGAAAGCCUUGGUGAUAAUGAACGUGUUGAGUUCUGUGGCUGCAGCCAUCAUCAUCAUCAUGUUCUCAACCAUCUUGGUGUUUGGGGAUCACUACUCAUGUUACUAUGACAACCAUCCCGCUUGUCUUGUCCAAUACACAGUAUGGGGAUCUAUGGCGUGCUGUUGGUUUUCUCUCUGCUUGAGUUCAGUAUUUGUAUCUCCACCUAUGUGUUGGCCUGUAAAGCCGCCUGCUGCACUGCAGAUACACCUGGUUCACACUCAGUCGACCUCACACACAUGGUCAACUGAAGGAAGUAAGGUUUCCUUCUACUACAAACUUCUACAAACUUCUACUCGCUCGCAAGCCAAACGCAGCCAAGCGGCAGAGAACCAGGACCUUCCUUCAUCAGAAAAUCUGUCGAUGCCUCGUCAUCAUGACCCCUGUAACGGCUCCUGCUGAUUCCCGACUCUUCCAAUACUCAGCUUUUCUGAAAGGCGAGCCCAAAGCACUGGGGACUGUGCAGAUCAUGAUCGGAAGCUUGACUUUCUUGUUCGGUAUUGUUUUAUCCUUGCUCAUUGUCACACCCAUGGUCAUCAGUGGUAUCACUUUGUGGGGAUCUCUGGUCUUCAUUAGCUCUGGUGCUUUAUCAGUCGCUACAGCCAAAAAUCAUAAUCCAUGCAUGGUGAACACCUCGUUGGGAAUGAACGUGUUCAGUGCUGUGGUUGCAGGGGUCUUGAUCAUUCUCCUCUCAGUGGACAUGUUGUUUCUGAGUUUCUCCAUUUACUUGUGUGAACAUGACUACUCCUCUCGUGACUACUCCUCUCGUGACUACUCCUCUCAUCACUAUCCCUCAUACUAUUCCUCAUACAGAUGUCAGCGGCACGUUCAGUCAAUGUAUGGACUCUAUGGAGUGUUGUUGGUUUUCGCUGUGCUCGAGUUCAUCAUUUCUAUCUGCACUUCUUCUUUCGCCUGUAAAGCUACCUGCUGCUCCACAACUACACCGAUAUAUUCACAGCAGGUGACUACACAGGUGAUUUAUACACAACAACAACAACAACAACAACCGAUGAAUCAACAUUUGAUCCAAACUGUUGCCUUCAAGCAAGUUCCACAACAAUCUCCUGUAAUCACCUACAAUGUUUAAAUGAUUAAAAAUGAUGUCAUUCAGGACUUUUCUGAAACUUGCCAAAAAGACCUAAAAUUUAGUUAAAUAAAAGAAUUUCCUGUAGAAGUAAAUUGCAAGAGCAGUUUAACUGUUGUAUAACGAUUGACUGUAUGAUUAACAAAUAAACAAAAAUAAACUUUCCGCAUGCAAUAA